AUGCGUUUCACAAAAUUGAUGAUGCCUUUGGUUUUGUUCGAUCACAUGCUUCGUACCCAUCGCCGCCCUUGUGAUAUUGUUGAAGGAAUGAUUCAACAAGGUGUUGAUCCUAAUACUAUUACGUAUAAUGCAUUGAUGGAUGGAUAUUGUCUGCAAGGCAAAAUGGAUGAGGCUAGAAAGAUUCUUAAUUUGAUGAUACCUAACGUUUAUGGUUACAGCAUCAUGGUGAAUGGAUUUUGUAAAUUGCAAAAGAUUGAUGAGGCCAAGGAACUCUUUGAUGAAAUGUCUCGAAAUGGAGUAGUCCCUAACACUGUUACUUACACUGCUCUUAUAAAUGGCAUGUGCCAAGUAGGGAGACUUGGGGCAGCACGGGAACUUUACAAAGAAAUGAGUGCUCGCGGCCUCGUUCCAGACUCGAUGACUUACUCCACUUUGUUACGUGGCUGUAAGCAUGGUCAUGUUCAUGAGGCAGUGGAUCUUUUUCAUAUUAUGCAGAGCAAUGGGAUAGAAACUAACAUUGUCCACUAUAGUAUCUUAAUUGAUGGGCAACUUAAUGUUGCAAGGAAAUUAUUUCAUUCACUCCCAGGCAAAGGGUUACACCCUAAUGUUUAUACUUGCAAUAUCAUGAUCAAAGGACUUUGUGAAGAAGGGCUACCAAACGAAGCAUAUGAUUUGUUCAGGAAAAUGGAACUGAAUGGUUGUUUGCAAGAUAGUUGUUCUUACAAUACAAUGAUCAAAGGUUUUUUCCAAAACAAUGAUGUGUCAAGGGCAGUGCCAAUUUUACAUGAGAUGGUCGAUAAAGGAUUUUCUGCAGAUUCUUCAACUGCAACAAUGGUAAUGGAUUUAUUGUGUAAAAAUGGAGGAGAUCAAUCUAUUCUUGAGCUGCUUCUUAGAAACUCUGAAGAUGAUCAAAAUGUGAACAUGAAAUGA